CUUGCUGCCUUGGGGUUGCUGAUACUGUUGAUAAAUCAGCAAAUUAGCUAAUUGGUCACCUAACAUACUCUUUAAUAAGUACAACAGUCCUAGUAAGGCUAUAGAUUUCCUAGAGUCCUAGCCGGCUGAUCACACAAACACCCAAGCCUGAUUACAUCUACUUGCAAUGCUGCUCAGAAGAUUCACACCAUGUGCAAGACUUGUAUACCAUUCACACAAGAAUCGAUUUUCUAAAGAUAUUCAAAGAAGCAUAUUAUUAGUGGGGACAUUGGAUUACAAUGCUGUUAGAACUGCAUCUAGUCACAUUGUUCACCCCUUUGGUAAAUUUGUAUUUGAGGGUCCAGGCAGUGUAAAUGUGGCUCCUGUUAGUCCACAAGAGUCUCCCAACAUGGACAAAUGCACCAUCAGCUGUGGUGGUGAUGGCACCGGGUGGAGCGUCAUUGCCAGUGAAGAUACCUGCUCCAUCACAUCAAACUCAAAAGAGAAAACUUCAGAUACAUGGAACGUUCAUCUUCCCAUCAAAUAUGACGUGGAGGUGCGUUCUGCCGCCGCCGUCAGCGUCUCGGGCAUGGAGUGCUCGCGGGCGGCGGUCAACGCCAGCGAGAACGUGACCUUGACCGCGGUCAGGGCCGGUCACGUGACCGUCAGUACGCCGGCGGCGGUACGUGUCAACAAGCUGCUGCUGGGAAACGCUACGCUAGAGGCGGAGGAAGUGGACUCGUCCGUGGCCCGGCUCCAAGGUCAGACGGUCACCGUGUCAGCGCGAUCUCGCUGCCAUCUAUCGGACAUAUACGCAGACAAGGCGCGGCUGGAGGUGCGCUCGGCCGACCUGCGCGUGGGGACCAUCCACGGAGACGCAACAGUCACCGCCGCCGGCGAGGGAGAGGUGGUUAUCGGCGGUGUGGACGGCUCUGUGAGUGUGUCGGCUCCGGCGGCCGCCGUGCGCUGCCACAUCAGCCGCCUGAGCGCUGACUCGCGGCUCAGCUGCGGCCGCUCCGUGCAGCUCAGCCUGGCGCCCGGGGUGGGCUGUCGGCUCCAGGUGCGCGGCCCGCCGCCCGAGCUCGACCCGCGCCUGGGGGCGGCCUCGGCCGGCGCCGGGGGCACCGCAGAGGUGGCCGUGGCCGGCGGGGGGCCGCUGCUGCUGCUGGAGUCGCCCGUGGCGGCCCGGGUGACACUGCAGGACUGGGCGGCCGCCGUGGCCGGCUGGGCGCGGUGAGCAAAGCCGCGGUUAGGGCUCUGGUAAGAUGUACGGUAGUACAUAGAAGCGGAUGAUGCUGAACAACGCAUAUGUGUCAAAUUGUCGUGUGAAUGUGCGCCACGCUCAGGGACUGGCUUGCUGUCUGAAAUGUAGCGACUAAUCUCUGUGAAGUAGCACAGUGCGUCUUCUUGGACGGUUCUUCGCCUCGGCGUGGAUGUCUCUCAGUCAAUUCAGUCCAUCCAGUCACACGCCCGCCAUCUAGUGAGUUGUUAGUGUUGCCGUGACAUGAUUUGCCGCAGAGGCUUUGUCAUAUUUCGAGAAUGUAGGCAUAGGACAGAAGGUAGGCAUUGCAGGCUUGCGUUGUCCGGGAUCAGCACGGUGUGACUAAGCAGCACAUGAUGUGGUUUUCGUACUUUUCUUUAUCAUUUUCGCACCUCAUAUAUAUUUUACCUUGUUAUCGCUUAUUACCUCAGUUAUUUGCUUGAAUGGAACUUUCAAACCAGCUGGUCUUGCUGCUUCCCUGCAGCUGCUGGCUUCACUUCCCACCACGGUUUUAGACGUAAUUUUGCGGAGUAUGUUGUCCCUGAAGUGCAAUAAAACAUUUUCGAGAUAUCAUGAAGCUGCAACCAAUUCAGUCAAUAUGAUAGAUUAGUGAAAAUGGCUCAAUCUGAUCCAUCAUUAUACCCCCCCCCCCCUGUGUCUACGUAACGAAGUUGAUCACCGGGCCCUUCCAAACACGUCAUUUUCUCACCGCACCAGUCUGUAUUCGUCGCUCUCUGUCGCUAUAUACACCAUCAUAUGCC